AGGAACCCUAAGUGUAAUUUGUAGCUCGUCGGAAGUUAUUGUCGACGAACGAAAACAUUGUAGAACAACCAUAGCUUUCAGUUUUUCAUUUGCUCGUUUUCAUUUCAAUAAUGUCCGACGAGGAAGACGAUUAUAUGUCCGAUGCUUUCCUCAAUCAAAUACAAGACGUCAAACCAGGUGUUUCCAAGGUGAGGCGAGUACAAGAAGCCCUAAAACGUGAGGAAAAGCACAAAGAGAGCAACAUUAAAAACCGUCAAAAAACCUUCAAGGAGCAAGAAAAGGAAAGUCGUGAAGCAGCUUUACAGAGCUCCAUUAGUAAUGAGAAUAAAGGAUUUGCACUUUUGAAGAAAAUGGGUUACAAAGCUGGACAAGGCCUUGGAAAAGAAGGGGCGGGAAGAAUAGAGCCGAUUCCACUCAAUAUUAAAACUGACAGGGGUGGCAUUGGAAUGGAAGAGGCAAAGAAGCGAAAAGCUGAGGAGGAACUGGAGCACUAUCGUAAAAAAGUACAGGCCAAACAAAAGAAUGAGAUAAAGUCCCUUGAAGACUUUCGGUCGAGAGUUAGGACUGAGAGAGAGGAGCGAAAGAUUGAAGGGGACCUCAGAAGAAGUCAGCGAGCUUGUGAGCAUUUGGAUUCUCAAAAGUGCAUCACAGUCCCUCGGGAAGAAUGGUAUUGGCCAAAAGUUGAAAAUGAAGAAGAGGUUGAUGGUCUUCAAGAGGAGGAGGAAGCGGAGGAGGAAGCCAGGGAGGAAGAUAUUGUGGAAUUAACGUCCUUUGACCAACUACAGAUUUUGACUUCAUAUUUAAGAGGAAUCCAUUUUUACUGCAUAUGGUGUGGAACUACCUUUAAUGAUGAAGAAGAUCUUUCUUCUAACUGUCCUGGGGAUACCGCAGCAGACCAUGAAUGAACAUAGCAAAAAUAUAUUAUGUACAGUAGUUACGAGCUUAUUUUAUGUUGUGAAACAGACAAUAAAAAAGGUGCUCUUUGCAAAAUA